AUGUGCGGCAACGCUGUCGCACUCCUUUUAGGCUACUUCAACGUCGCUUGCGGUAAUGAAAAAGUGGUAGACCCUUCGGAGAUGUGGAGACUUGAUGCAAUUGGCAUAACCGAUUCAGCUCAUUCCCAAGCUACCGAGGAGCGCACGGCAUUUGACCAGUUUCAGAGCGCAGUAUACAAGGAAGAGGGACGAUACGUCGUUCCCUUGAUGCUCAAGGCGCCCAAGCUUUUGUCCACUACGAACCGAACCGUUGCUGAAGCAAGGCUACAGCGUCAACGUAAACGUUUCGAAGCUCAUCCGGACGUGCUGCGAGAAUAUGACCACACAGUCAGGGAGUACUUCAACGAGGGUCAUGCGGAGCGAGUGGAGCCGUCGGACCAAGGUGCCCGUCACAUGUAUUAUCUUCCUCACCACGCAGUCAUACGGCGGGAAGCGGUGACAACCAAGGUUCGUGUCGUGUUCGAUGCCUCUUCGCAUGAACCGGGAAGUCAUUCGCUUAACGAUAUACUGGACAAGGGCACAACGCUCGGUGCAGAAUUGCUGCAACUUCUUCUGCAGUUCAGGUGCAAUCACAUCGUCAUGACCGCCGACAUUCGCAAGGCAUUCCUGCAAAUUCAGGUCCGACGAGAAGACAGAUACCUUCUUCGUUUCUUGUGGAUCGAACGACUUCCCAGUAGUGACGAGCCUUGCCCAAACAUCGUCUAG